GUUUGCUUCCCUUCUUUGUUCGUGUUCGUCUGCUAGUAAGCUGCUAAUAUUUACCAACAGAGUUUUCUUUGUAAUUUAUGAAUCGGUUUUGACAGAAUCAAAGACCUUUAAUUUGAGAAAGUAACUGAAGUUUGCAGAAAAGAAACCUAGAUAAACUCCCGCCACAACGAUGGUAUACUUUUUAAGUAACUGGCAGUGAUAAGUAUUUAAAGGGGGUUAGGUCUUCUCCAUUUAUCAUUUUGUUGAAGCUUUUGAGGCUGAAUGUUUCCUUCUCAUUUCGGUACUUAAAAUGCUAAAUUGUACAAUAAUUCUGGGCAUGUAAAAUGACUAUGAAGCAUUCCUUGAGAGGUCGCUGGCUGCUUGCGCUCUUUGCAUUUGUGCUUCUUCUAACUAUUCUAACGAGAACAACACAAAAUUUCCUUCUUACUGAUGGCCGUGGGAACCGUGACAUUUCAAGUCACUCUGCCCCAAUUAAAUGUUAUGAUGACACCACAAGCAAUCAAAUUGAGGAUGUUAAUGACAUGCCUCCAUCAAAAGAUUCCAUAUUUUUUCAUGAGACAUCUUGUGCAUCAGCCGAUGGCAGUGGAGAUUUUGUGUUUACAUCCCGUCAAGCGUGUGCUGUUGAGUCUGCUGCUAAGUCCAACCCUAAUACAGAAGUUAAUGUUCUAUUUUUGUCCCCUAUCAAUUUAAAAAAUAUUUCCCAUACUCAGAACUUAGCUAUUAAAGCAUUGUUGUCUUAUCCUAAUAUUAAAAUCAAGCAUGUAAGCAUGGAACGAUAUAUGCAAGAUACACCACUAGAAGGGUGGUAUAAGAGUCGUCCUCUUCAGAGGAGUUUGUGGCCAACAUCUCAUGCGAGUGAUGUUAUGCGAUACUUAACAUUGUGGAAGUACAGUGGAACAUAUCUAGACCUUGAUGUUGUGGUUUUAAAGUCUCUGAGCAAUUUGAGAAAUUAUGCUGGAGCAGAAUCUCCUCGAGCCCUCGGAGCUGGUAUAAUUAACCUAGACUCUUCAAGUAUAGGGAGAGCAAUGGCACAUGCAUUUUUAAAUGAACUCUAUGGCAGCUUUAAUGGUGCAGACUGGGGUGCCAAUGGCCCUGGAGUUGUUACUAGAGUCCUGCGACAGAUGUGUCAAGUUAAGAAGGUGCAGGAUAUGACACCAGAACGCUGUGGCGGGUUUACCAUCCACCCACCAAUCGCAUUUUAUCCAAUAUCAUUUGAAGACUGGGAGGAUUAUUUUAAUGAGGAUAAAAGUGAUUUGACAAUGAAAAUGCAUGCAGAUAGUUACGUAGCUCAUCUCUCCAACAAAUUUAGCAUGAGGAAAAAUGUUACGGUCGGUUCUAAACAGCCGUAUGGAUUACUUGCAGCUGAGCAUUGUCCAAAAGUAUUUUCAACUUGUCAAGAAGUAUUUUAAAUAAGAUCAAACUCUUUUUGGAAAAUGCUGUUCCUCAAAUACAAUUUAUUGAGACUUUCCUACUUUGUUUAGUAGUAUGUUUACAAAUAUCAGAUUGCACUGUGAUAAAGUUUGUCAAAGAUAUAUAUUAACAUAUGACUGGAAGCUGGAUCCUAAUUUUAAAGUAAUAAUUGAAACAAAUAAUUUGAAAUAUUCUUAGCUUUAAGACAAAAGACAAGUCUCUUAUUUCCCAGAGCGCUGCCUACUACUAAAGAUCUGAAAGCCCAUUCAACUUUUUAGCCCGCUCUUUUGCUUAAAAGCUAUCUCAGCGGGCUUAUGCCAUCACCUCUGUGUUUGUGUUUACGUGAAUCCAAAGAGCAAUAUAAUUAUUUUUGUAACAUUAGUUUUGUUGUUAAACUGUACUGAAAUGUCAGGGAUGUAAUUUGAUGUCCUGGUAUCAAUAAAGUUACCUCCUCAUGGAAACAA